AUGAUUUUACGAAGGCAAUAUUCUAUAAAAAGGGGAAAACAACCUCUUCUGGGAAGGGCCUCAAACAAUCUCAGCGGUGGAAUCGUCGGUCUGGCUAACGUGGGAAAAUCUACCUUUUUUCAAGCCAUCACAAAGUCGAAACUUGGGAACCCAGCUAAUUAUCCCUUCGCAACAAUUUCUCCAGAGGAAGCGAGGGUGGAGGUAACAUCACCAAAGUUGGAUCACCUUCAACACCUUUACGGCAGCUUGAAAAAAAUUCCUGCUUAUUUAAAGGUUGUUGACAUCGCUGGACUCGUCCGAGGAGCAUCACGAGGAGAGGGUCUUGGAAACCAAUUCCUAGGUGAUAUUCGUCAAGUUGAUGGUCUAUUUCAGGUGGUCAGAGGGUUUAGAGACUCGGACGUAACUCAUGUCGAGGGAAACGUGGAUCCUGUGCGAGACCUUAUGGUUGUAGAAGAUGAGCUCUUACUAAAAGAUAUGGAGUUUGUAGAGUCUGCUUUGGAGCGCACCAAAAAGCAACUCCGUCAUCGACACCAGAGAGGUUUGGCAGAGAUCCAACUCCUCGAAGAAGAGUCAGACACAUUGAACAAAGCAAGUGCCUGGUUACUCGAAGGCAAACUUCUUAGUAGAAUCGACGCUAAUUGGAAUACUUCACAGAUGAAUAUAUUGAACAAGCACAACUUGCUAACAGCUAAGCCAAGUGUGUAUUUGUUGAACGUUUCAGAAACAGACUAUAAAAAAAGAUAUAAUGAUUUUAGCAAGGAUGUUGAAUACUGGGUUGAUGAACACUCACCUGGAAGUAGUGUGGUAUUAGUUUCGGCUCAGUACGAGAACUCAUUGGCCCUAGACUCUUCGAGUUAUACAACGGAAUCAUGUAUUCCACCUAUAGUUGAUGAAAUGCGAAAAUGCUUACACUUGAUUAGCUUCUAUACCUGUGGAGAUAUUGAAUCUCGUCAAUGGACUGUCCGUGAAAAUACCCCUGCUCCAGAUGCUGCUGGAGUGAUUCACACUGAUCUUAGCCGAACUUUUAUCAACGCUACAGUGAUCAAGUAUGAUGUUUUGAAGUCUCUCAGCCCACCCUUGAAUGAAAAAUCACUCCGUUCGAAGGGCUUGCUACACCGAGUUGGAAAAACAUACUUGAUUGAAGAUGGUGAUAUUUUACAUUUCAACGCUGCCAAGUGCGGAAAGCGGUGA